CACACACACUUUCUUUUAUUAAUGAUAAACAUACCAUUAUGCCUGAACCAGAUCCUCUGCAACCUUCAGAAAAUGUACACGCUACUAUAAAACUUGGCCAUAUUCACAGUGAUGCUGCAAGGCAAAAUGGGAUGGAUCUUUUAAACUACCUUUCAUUAGAAUGCCUGUAUGAUUUUCAGAACAUUUUCUUUAAAUUAUGUUGAAGAAGGAUUAUUUACAUUUAUGGAAUAUUGCAGAUGUCAUAUUCAGACCAAAUGACAGGACAGCCAUGUCUGGUGACAUGUCAGGUGACAGUUAUCUCAUUACAGUGGCAACCUUUCAAGGGGUGUAAGGAUCUGAGUAUCUUUGACAAGGGUUAGAUUGUGAAUGCUAGAUGACUACUGUAGCUCAGAGCAUCUUUAAAACAACAGGGAAUGUGGGGUGUUUCUGGUAUGCAUAAGGUAGUACCAGCCUAAAGUGGUACAAGAAAGGACAGUCACUGAACCAAUGACAGGAUUACAGGACCCAUGGUUCAAUGAUCUGCAUGGGGAGCAGAGGCUAGCUCAUAGGGUUCAAUCCCACGGUAGAACUACUAUAACAGUUUUCUGUGUAUGGCACUGUGUACCCACAGAUCAGUCAGGGUGCCUAUGCUGAACCCUGCCUACUGCCAAAAUCGACAAUAGGAUUGUGAUCAUCAGAACUAGACCACGGAACAAUGGAAAAAAAGGUAGUCUGAUGAAUCACAUUUUAUUUUACAUUAUGUGGCAGUCUGAGUCGUGUGCUUUGGUGUUAAAUAAUUUCAGUGGCAUCUUACAGCAGGAUAAUGCCUGCCACAUUCCAAAAAUGUUCAGGAUUUGUUUGAGGAAUUAUGUCAAAGCAGUCAAGGUGUUGAACUGGCAUCAAAUUUCAAAUUUCAGAAAAUGCAGUGUUAAUUUUAUGCCAGAUGUAAUGGGACACACACCUUUUUGCAUCAAAAAGAAGAACUAGCUUGUACGCAUCAACUUCUACAGGUUGAAACUGUUUCUAUGUAAUGUUAACCUGAUAUACAUUUGGUCUAAAAUACUGCCCUAAAGAUCUCAAACUGCAAAAACAUUUUAAAAAAAUAUGUUGAUUUUGAUUACUAUUUGUUUCCUCUAGAAAACCAAAUGAACUGCUUCUGGAAGCAUAUUGACAAAAGAACCAUGGAAAGAAGUCAAAUGGAUAACUCCACUUUCAGUUACAACACUUCAGAUGUCCACCUUACCACAUAUAGCCUGUGGGAGAUCAUCACUAUUGCUACAGUGUCAGCCAUAGUAAGCCUCAUCACAAUAACUGGAAAUAUUCUUGUGAUGCUGUCCUUUAAGGUAAAUAGUCAACUGAAAACUGUUAAUAACUACUACCUACUAAGCCUGGCUUUUGCUGACCUUACCAUUGGUAUGUUUUCCAUGAACUUAUACACUUCCUAUAUACUCAUGGGCUACUGGUCACUAGGUAGCCUUGCAUGUGACCUCUGGUUGGCUAUGGACUAUGUUGUUAGUAAUGCCUCUGUUAUGAACUUGCUAGUAAUUAGCUUUGAUCGUUAUUUCUCCAUUACAAGACCACUGACCUAUAGAGCUAAGCGAACGCCAAAGCGUGCUGGGAUAAUGAUUGGACUGGCUUGGCUUGUGUCGAUCAUCCUGUGGGCACCUCCAAUUUUGUGCUGGCAGUAUUUUGUAGGCAAAAGAACAGUACCUGAGAAACAAUGUCAAAUCCAGUUCUUCUCAGAGCCUGUGAUAACUUUUGGGACAGCAAUUGCUGCAUUUUAUAUCCCAAUUUCUGUCAUGACCAUCUUGUACUGUCGGAUUUAUAAAGAGACAGAGAAACGCACUAAAGACCUGGCGGAACUCCAGGAAGUCAACCAUUCUACAGAACCUGAUACUAAAAAUGAAUCUCAGAUGUCCAUAAUUAAGUCCUGCUUAAGCACCAAUACCAGAAGGCAGAACCAGGUAUCCUGGGCAUCCUCAACCCAAAACAACACUAAAUAUGCCAACACUUUCAAUGAUGAGUGGUGUAAAGCUGACAAACUUACCACUUUUACCAGCUAUGCAUCUUCCGAAGAAGAGGAACAUGCUCCUGGAGUCCUGUUGGUCUACAAAAAUCAUGUUCAUAAAGAGAACAAUUCAGUCCUCUGCAACAACGGUGAGGAAGAGAAUUUCUUUCUAUCAGCAGGGAGAAACAACUCCCACAACUGCAAGAUGUUUGUUUCCUACAGUUUCAAACCAGGUGUGAAAGACAGCAACUCUACACAGACCAAAAAUGAAAAUCCCACAGCAACAAGCUCCAUGCUUUCUUUGUCUGAGUCCAUGAGCAUGCAGUCAACAGCAAUGUCUUCUAAACCUAACCACCCAAUUCUGAAGAGCCAGAUAACCAAACGCAAGAGGAUGGUUCUGAUCAAAGAAAGAAAAGCAGCACAGACUCUAAGUGCUAUUCUACUGGCCUUCAUCCUCACAUGGACACCUUACAACAUCAUGGUGCUUAUUUCUACCUUCUGUUCAGAUUGCAUACCUCUGUCUCUAUGGCACCUGGGCUACUGGCUAUGCUAUGUCAACAGCACAGUCAACCCAAUGUGCUAUGCUCUCUGCAACAAAACCUUCCAGAAGACCUUCCGAAUGCUUCUCUUAUGCCAGUGGAAGAAGAGGCUGGAAGAUAAACUUUAUUAGAGUUCGUACAGUUCUCAUGACCAGAUUUGA